GUUGGGGUCAAGCCUCCUGGGAAUGCCGGGGACGAGGGAGCGAAAAGGUGCCAGGGUGGCGCUGCGAGUUGAACGCCACCCAGACUUGUCUCCCAGCUGGCGGGCCGAGUCCAGGGAAGUCCUCUUACAAGAAGUCUGGUGCCCUGAGCUGACCUGAGGCGCGUCAGAGCCCGAAAUGCUGUGCCCUGCCGAGCACCGCCCCCCUACCCCGAGGGCGGGGCCAGGGCGGGGCCGUAGGCUUCCCUGCAGGUGCAGGGGGCGGUGCCCGGCCCUGCCCCGGGGGGCCGUUCUUGGAGGCCAGGGGCGGGUCAGAGAAACGGCCGAGGUAGGCGACGCCUUGGAACCCGCGGGCGGUGACUGUGCCACAGGUGCCGCUCAGGGCACCGUGUCCCAGCUCUGGCAUCAAAACCCCGGCGCCGGAAACUAAGUCUUCCGAGCUGCUCCCAUCCCGGGACACCGAGGCCCCCGGGCCGGAGAGCGGAGCCCUGGGGUCGUCCGAAGAGCGGGGCCCCGAGCCCCCCGGGUCAGACAGCGAAGUCCCGGGCCCUGCCGCAGAGCAAGACGCCGAGGUCCCCCGGCCAGGAGGCAAGGUCUCUGUGCCCUCCUCAGAGCUGGGCGCGGAGACCCCUGAGCAAGAGAGCGAAGUCCUUGGGCCGUCAGCCGGGCUGGACGCAGAACGCCCCGGGGCCGCCUGCAGCUGGGGGUUUUGAGAGUCUCCAGCCGGGCAACCACGACCCCCAGCCGUCUGAAGCGCGUUUCGCGAGGUUCCCGAAGCGGUGUCCUCUUCAGGAUCCCGGGACCUCCUCCUCGGGGUCAGACUCUUAAGUCCCCCUCCAGCAUUUUCUACUGCGCCCGCAGACCCCCCGGCCGGCCCCCGAGGACCCGCUCAUGGAGACGCCCAUCGAGCGAGAAAUCCGCCGCAGCUGCGAACGCGAGGAGAGCCUGCGCCGGAGCCGAGGCCUGAGCCCUCGCCGCGCAGGCCGAGAACUCGUCGAGCUGCGCGUGAGGCCGGUGCUCAGCCUGCCCGGCCCCGGCCCCGCGCUCCCGCGCGCCUUCGAGCGCGCGCGGGCGGGCGCGCAGAUGCAGCGAGACAUCGAGCGGGAGGCCCACCGUCAGGCGGCGCUGGCGCGCCCCGCAGCCCCAGAGCAGUGCGCCCGGCCGCCGCCGCAGCCGCUGGGCGAGCUCAAGCGAUUCUUUGAGGCCGCCGGAGGACGCGGCUCCUCGUCGGCGGCUGAAGGCGGCGCGGACCCGCAGGGGCUGCCCGAUCCCGGAGGCCGGCCGCACUCGGCGGUGCAGUGUCGUUUCCCGGUGCUGGCCCGCGCCCCGCCGCGGGUCGCGCCGUCGCUGCUGGAGCAGGAGGUGCGCGAGGUGCAUGAGCGCGAGCGGGAGCUGCAGCGCCAGCGGCUCAGCGUCUACGGCACCGCCGAGUUCAAGGAGCCCGCGCCGAGCCUCACGGGUCCUGGCCGCCUCCAGCUGGUGACAGGAGGGGCAACCCUGGCUGAGCGCCCCUUCCCCCGCAGCGAGCACGGGCGACGGAAAGCUGGCGGUGAUCUGGCCUCCCCGCAGAAAGGCAUCUGAGAGCGACUUGGAGCAGGAGGAGCGGAAGCCGUGAGGUUCCAGCAGGCUGGGACCCCCUGCCAGAGGUAACAUGCACAUCAGAGGAGACUGGUAGGGGUGCCCAGGAGUGCUCUCGGAAUCCACCGAAGGCCUGGAAGAGGGCCAGCAGUCUGCGCAGGAGAAGAUGAGAUCGACCAGCCCCUCCUCGAACCUGACUUUGUGAAACUGACCAGUCUCUUCUAUAAAACUCUUAGUCCCCACUGGGAAACACUACCACGCUCAAAGCGCCAGUGAAAUUCUCCAGCCCUUCUCCGCCUAACUGCAAACCCAACUGGCCUUUACAAUUAGAGGGCCAGGGUCUCUGCCUCGGCUACUCUCACUCCCCAAUAAAGCCCCUUCUUUCUGGGCAGUUCAGGCCGUUUUCCUCCGGGCUGGGGCGGGAGAGCGCCUGGCGGAGGAAGGCCGGAGAGAGCUGCAGGAGGCGCGGGCUGGAAUACAGAAUGUGCCCCUUAGCACCCUGUUCUGGGGGGUGGCUGGUCUCCCCCGGCCCGGCCCGGGUCCUGGUGCCUCCUGCCGGCGCGGGCGCAAACUGCGGUGUUCGGACAAAUGAGCUCAAGCCCUCCCUUUCUCCAGACAUCGUCAACAUUUAUUGGUGCCAACGGCAUGCCCAGAGCUGGGCGCUGGCUAGACAGAGGUGAUAAGAGGUUGUUCCUGCCCUGGGGAUGUAAACAAUAGCUACAAAAAAGGGGGUGGUGGUGAAAGGCACAAGCUUCUUAGGAGGGCAUACUAGGCCAUUUAUAAUCUGUCCCGGAGUCGCAAACGUCACAUGCCUUAUAGACCCCAGACACGUAUUAAGGAGAGAAAUGGGCUGUGCCGUAAAAUGCCUUGUUUCAACGGGCAGGUAAGUGUUCAUAUCAGCAAUACUAGUAAUGAGUGAACUCAGUGGCAUCAGAGCUUCUAAUUUCCAAAAGCACGAGAGGGUGGGUGAGUGGGAAAUCCCACCUUUAAAAAGAGAAAUCUAGGGAAGCCUGGGUGGUUCAGACAGUUAAGCAUCUGACCUAGGUUCAGCUUAUGAUCUCUGGUCUGGGAUCUAGCCCCGUGUCCACCUCCCCACUCAGCAGGGAAGUCUGCUUCUCCCCCUGCCCCUCCCCCUGCUCGUGUACUCACUCUCACUCUCUCAAAUAAACCUUUAAAAAAAUAAAAGAGAA